AUGGCCACCCCCUUGGCGGGCGCGGCGGGCGGCGACCUCCCGUCCGGCGACGAGGGGGCGUCCAAACAGUCGGGCGACCUCCCCUCCGGCGACGAGGAGGCGUCCAAACAGUUGGGCGACCUCUUCGAGCAGGCGGCGGCGCACCUGCAGGGCCUGGUGCAGGGGGCCAGUAGGGAGCAGCUCCUCUACCUGUACGCCAGGUACAAGCAGGUCAAAGUUGGAAAUUGCAAUGUUCCCAAACCAGGCUUCUUUGAUUUCGAGGGGAAACAGAAAUGGGAAGCGUGGAAAGCUCUGGGAGAAGCAAGCCCCAAGCAAGCCAUGCAAGAGUAUGUUGCUGCAGUGAGAAAACUGGACCCAAACUGGAACCCUCAGACACCAGAGAAGAAAGAGAAAGAAGGAAAGAUUGGUUUUGGUGGGCCAGUCAUUAGCUCUCUGUAUCAAGAAGAAACUAUCAGGGAGGAAGACAAGAACAUAUUUGAUUACUGCAGGGAAAACAACAUUGACCAUGUAACAAAAGCCAUCAAAUCAAAAAAAGUGGAUGUGAAUGUUAAGGAUGAAGAGGGCAGGGCUCUGCUCCAUUGGGCUUGUGACCGAGGACACAAGGAGCUGGUUUCAGUAUUGCUGCAGUUCACAGCUGACAUUAACAGCCAGGAUAAUGAAGGACAGACAGCUCUACAUUAUGCAUCUGCCUGUGAGUUUUUGGACAUCGUGGAGCUGCUGCUCCAGUCCGGAGCAGACCCUACUCUUCGGGACCAAGAGGGCUGCCUGCCGGAGGAAGUGACAGACUGUAAAGCCAUCUCCUCAGUCCUGCAGCAGCAUACAGCUGGCAGAGCUUAGCCAGCCUGCAGUCUUUAUCAGCACUGGGCUCCAGGAAUCAAAGAAAACUGCAAUAAUAACCCAUCUCCGUUGCCCUUUUUGGGGGGUGCAUUGGCUAACGAGAUGAGGACAUUCAGGCAUUCAGAGGUAUUGAGUGGAGGUCCAAAGCCUCAGUAAUUCCUUCUAUCUUCUGACAAUUUGAGGGUGUGGCAUUCCUGUGGAUAAACUGUGGGCUAUACGACCUUAUUUUGUUGAGCAUAUGUGCUCUGAAAUUUGUCACUGCACUAGAGGGUGAGGAAAGGGGAGCCAGACCUCCUUCACAUUAUGAAACCUGGCUGCUCUUGGGAGAAACAUAAGUAAAAAAUGAGAUAGAGGUGUUCAUUGAAAAUUAAGGACUGCGUUCCUGGAACGCCAGGUAGGUCAAGGAGCGUCGGCAUCACUAGUGUGAACAAGAGAGCUAAAGUGCUCUCUCUAGGAGAAUGAAUUGGGAGGGGAGGAGAUGGUGGCAGCAAAAAAGUUGGAAUAAGAAUAGGAUCCAGAAAACCAUCUCCUGAGUUUGCAGUGGCCUUGGAGAAGACAAACUAGGCCGGUGCUCUUCCAGAAACCAGCCUUCUCAGAGCCCUGGAGAUGGAGAUGGAGCAGGGCAGUCAUUGCGUGGUCACAGUCUUGUCAGAGGAGGAACUUUAAAGCUGUACUGUUCAGUGUCUUGUGGUUUCUUAUACAGAACCAGUUCAGAGCAAUAGAAGUUUUGGAUCCCAACCUAGGCUUUGUUCUUUAAAAAAUAGUCAAGAAUGUCAACACUAUAACCGAUCUUCUUGUUCUGUCUUUUAGCUUGCCCUUACAACCCGUGGGAAUCCAAUAUAGGAAAUUCCUUGUUUAUGACCAAGUAUCUAGUUGAAAAAGGAAGAUGCAGACAGUGGUUUGAAAUGAUAGUUGUUUAGCAUACAGAUGUUUUUGAUAUAAUAGCAACUGACCUAUCUUUUAGGACUUUGGUAUGAUGACAGCAACUAGUCUGUUGCUCCCUGCCCUUCUUACCCUAUAGACACAGUCCCUCCAAAGCAGAAUUGGGUCAUAUUAAUGCCAUUUUGAAAAUUGUUGAAUUCUGAUGCUAGCCAGAGGGCUUAGGACAUGAACCUGGACCUUUCACCAUAAAUGUUUUUUUUAAAAAAAAUGCUGGUUUUUUUUUUUUAACUCUAGUGGAGAUAGUGUGCAUGGUAGAAAACCUACAAACAUCUGGAAGUUUGGUAAUUCUAAUAAAGCCUUCUCUUUACUAAA